AUGUGUUUUGGUGAGAAAACCUAUCCUAAUUGUUUUUUUGAGAUAGAAAUAGAUGGAAAAUAAGUUGGUAUGAUCACUUUUAAAUUAUAUGAUAAAGUGACACCUAAGACAGCAAGAAAUUUCAGAGAGCUUUGCACUGGUUAGAAUGGAUUUGGUUAUAAAGGGAUACCAUUUCAUAGAAUAUCUAAAAAUUUUGUAAUUUAAGGAGGAGAUAUAACUAAUAGAGAUGGAUCUGGAGGCAAAUCUAUUUACGGGCAGAGUUUUAAGGAUGAAAAUUUCAAGCUAACCCAUAACAAGCCAGGAAUUCUUUCCAUGGCAAAUUAUGGGCCAAAUACAAAUGGUUCAUAAUUCUUCAUUACACUAAAUGCUUGUGAAGGAUUAGACAAAUUGCAUGUAGUUUUUGGCGAAGUUGUUUAAGGUAUGGACGUUGUUAAAGAAAUAGAAAAGGUAGAAACUUAUGGAGAAAAGCCAAUGGUAAGAUGUGUUAUAAAAAACUGUGGAGUUGUAUAAGAAGAUUGA